AUGAACGCAGCCAGAGUCAUUCGAGCAACCCAUCGGAUUCGAGGUGCCGCCUUUUAUUCGACUAAUUCGAGCUAUAAUUUCGAUACAUAUCGCUUCGUGAACCGCCUUGAAAGCGAGUCUUUUGAAAGGGAACGAGCUGAGGCGAUAAUGACAAGUCUCAAUGACGUCGUGCAUGAGUCCGUGACAAACAUAACGAAAAACAUGGUCCUUAAAUCCGAAAUGGAGAAAUCGCACUACCAAACCAAAGUCGAUUUCGCUCAAGUGCGAACAGAGCUUCAGCUGCUGGAACAAAACCAAUACGCUAUUCUGAGGGCUGAUACGCAACGGCUGUCAGCUGAGGCCGACAAAUUACGGAGACGAGUAUACGAGGAAUUAAGACGAGUGCAGUCUUCUGUCCGUCUGGAAAUGAGUUUAGAGAAGGGGAGGAUAAGGGAUGAGCAAGCCUCGCAAGAGUUAAAAGUACGGGAAGCUGCUUCUCGUGUGGAUUCGGAAGUUGCAAAUCUGCGGACACAGUUAGAAGGAAUCAACUGGGAGCUUUUUAGGACUCUGGUGCCUUUGUUUUGUGCAUUUGGAGGGUUGUUCUUUGCUUAUUUGCGACUCGUCAAGUAA